AAUGCACGGAGUAUUGCCUAUAAAUUGGGAGCAAAAAGGUCUCUCCCGGAGGCAGCAGUGAGACGGAGCAUAGGCAGCUGAGCCUGGGAGGUUAAGUGCCAUUUGCAGUGUGGAAUCCCAGUGGAGACAACGAGGAUGAAAGUGGCAGUGGUGGGUGCAGGUGUCAGUGGGCUGGCAGCCACCAAGUGCUGCUUGGAUGAGGGGUUGGAGCCCACCUGCUUCGAGAAGAGCCAGGACAUUGGUGGGGUCUGGCGCUUCACGGAGCACAUUGAGGCUGGCCGGCCAAGCCUCUACGCAUCGGUGAUCAGCAACACCUCCAAGGAGAUGUCAUCAUACUCUGACUUCCCCUACCCUGAGGACUUCCCAGUGUUCCUGCCCAAUGCCCGGUUCCUGGAAUACCUCCAGCGCUACGCUGAGCGCUUCAGCCUCCGGAAGCACAUCAAAUUUGGGACCACUGUCAUCAGCAUCCGGAAGCACUCUGACUUUGCCACCACGGGCCAGUGGGACGUGGUCACAGAGGCAGAUGGGAAGCAGACACUGCAUGUCUUCGAUGCCAUUAUGGUCUGCAUUGGUGUACACUCUGAGCCAUCCCUCCCUCUGCAUUCUUUUCCUGGCAUUGAGAAGUUUCAAGGCCAGUACUUUCACAGCCGGCAGUACAAGCAUCCUGACGUGUUCCAGGGGAAGCAUGUCCUUGUGGUCGGCAUGGGCAAUUCAGGAGUGGACAUUGCAGUGGAAGCCAGCCAUGUAGCUGCAAAGGUGACCAUCAGCACCAGCCGAGGUGCCUGGCUGCUCAGCCGUGUCUAUGAGCACGGCUACCCAUGGGACAUGGUUUUCAACACUCGCCUUAUGAGCUUGAUCAGAAACAGCCUCCCUGGACCCCUUUCACGGGCACUGUUAAACUACAAGGUGAACCAGAGAUUCAAUCACGAAAACUAUGGCCUUCAACCAGAGAAAAGCUGUCUGGUGCGUGAGCCUGUGCUGAACGAUGACCUUCCAAGCCACAUCUUGACGGGGAGGAUCACCAUCAAGGCGGGUGUGAAGGAGUUCAAUCACAAUUCAGUUGUUUUCCACAACUGCCCCAAGGAGGAGCCCGUAGAUAUUGUCGUCUUCUGCACAGGCUACAAAGCCUCCUUCCCAUUCCUAGAGGAAGAAAUCAUCAAGGUGGAAAACAAGCAUGCAUCCCUCUACAAAUAUGUAUUUCCAACACACCUGCAGAAGCCCACCUUGGGUGUCAUUGGGCUGAUCAAGACAUUAGGAGCCAUGAUGCCCGUGAUGGAGAUGCAGGCACGCUGGGUGACCCGCAUCUUCAAAGGCUUGUGUCAGCUGCCUCCUCAAUCUGUCAUGGAGAAGGAAGUAAAUGAGAAGAAAAAAAACAAAGUUCAAAGAUUUGGUCUGACAUUUGAUGAAGUCCUCAAGACUGAAUGGCUGGUCUACUUGGACGAGAUUGCCUCCCUCAUUGGCGCUAAGCCCAGUGUGCUGAGGCUGCUCUGCAGAGACCCUCGCCUGGCCCUCACUGUUUUCUUCGGCCCUUGCACCCCCUACCAGUACCGGUUGGAGGGUCCUGGCAGCUGGGAAGGGGCACGCCAGGCCAUCUUCACCCAGUGGGACCGAAUCCUGAAGCCCACAAGAACACGAGUCCCUGCCAGCUCUUCCAGCUUGUGCCCUUCUAUUCUUCUUGUGGCGGGGUUGCUUCUGCUUCUGGUUGCCCUGGUUUUAGGUUUCCAGUAGAUUUUUAGAGCCCAUUUAGGUUUCUGUCCCUGGGAAUAUUGUCUUAGGUCAUACAGCCCCACAGAGUGCCACAGGACAGGGGCAAAGUGAUUUCAGCAGAUCAUGACAAAUUUAAAACUUCAACCAGCACUACAGCUCCAGCUCACCCCCAAGCACAGGUUUGCAGACCUGAGCAGCUGGGGAUGGCAGCCUCCCCCAGCAUUUAUUGUCCCUCUGCUGUCCUACUGUUGUGUGGCCUGGCUGUGUUCAGAUCAUGCUGACCAGGAGGCAGCGAGGACAAAACUAGCAAAAAUGGCUUUGGAUAUCACAGAUUGAAAGGAACACAGAGAAUCACCUGGGAACUGGGGGCUUGAGUCCAGCAAGGGGUUAUCUAGGCUGGGUACAUAUGUCAGACAGUCCCAUCUUUCAGCCUGAAACCCUAUGACACGAAAAUCUCUCUUUGAGUUGAGUUGGUGCAUCUUUGCAGUGAAAGAGCCCUGGCUGCAGCAGUUACACAGGACUACAGAAUUGCCCACACUGGAAAAGAUCUUUAAUAUCGCUGAGUCAAAUAAUUAGCCUAACACUGCCAAGUCCCUGAUUAAACCGUAUCCCUAAGCACUACAUCUACAUGACAAAUACCUACAGGAACAGUGACUCCACUGCUUCCUUGGGCAAGCCUUUCCAAUGCUUUAUGUAACCUUUCCACUGAAGAAAUUCUUCCUGAUAUCUAACCUAAACUUACCUUGCUUCAAGGAGGCAAUUUCUUCUUGUUCUAUCACUUGUAAUUUGGUUGAACAGACCAAUCUCCAUCUCCCUACAACCUCCUUUCAUGUCAGUUGUAGAGAGUGUUACUGCCCCUGAGUCUCCUUUUCUGUUUGUAACUCCCAUCACCACACUGGUACUUUGCAGGGCUGAGCACUUAUUAGCUCUGCCUCCCUGCACUUUCCACCAUCAGACAAUCCUGAGGGUUCAUUUUGUGUGUGAGGAGACUUUCAAUCAAUAAAAUUUCAUGUGCUGUGGCAGGAGCAUGUUGCAGGCUGUUGCCUUGUCACCUCCCUGUGUGCACAGGAGUUGGGAGAUCCUAUGCUAUGCCAGCAGGUGCUAUGGGUGAGCCACAAGCCUAGAGGCUUAUGACCA